UCCGCGGAGGCGUGGGAUGAACAGACUGGCGUGUUUUGGCGCCAGGAAGUUCCAAAGUUUAUACGAAGUUUCGUAGGGAGUGUGCGUCAUGGAAAAGCCAUGCGUGGAUUUCAAAGUUGCUUUUGCACCGAAAUACACCGAUGGGUUAAUUCCAGUUUCCACGAACUCAUGGAAGGGCCCCUGUACACCAAGAGCUGAGGAAGCCGUAGGCUGAGGGGUCGUGAAGGCUGCAGACCUCUGGGAAUGGAAGGAUUCGGGAGAUGGCGUCCGGAUCGCGUUCUUUUCCGUGUAGCCCCCUCCCCUGAGAAGGCUGUGCUGUUGAUUGGCGGUGCCCAAGGGUCUCGUCCCUGCCCGCCGGGCCUGGGCAGCUUCCAGGGCCUGACAACCCAGGCUGAACUCGGCCAUCACGGAUCGCAGCAGCAUUCAGAAGUGCCCUGUGUGUCGCCGGCCCAGCCAGGCCCCGGGCCAUGCUCUCUGCCGCCCGGGGUGACCCUGCACCGCGACCCGGGAAGACUGGUGGCUCUUUGGGGAGCACGUGCUUUCUUGGCGCAGGCACCGGCCCCUCACUGCCGUGGGUGGGGAGCGGAUGAGCCCUAUGCCGUCUGCGUGGUCAGCGCUGAGACCAGUUUGGGGACAGUGGUGUGACUGGCAGCAUGCCCCCUCCCAGGACGAGGGAUGCCAGGGACCACAGAGACCACCGUCGGGCUCCCAGUGAGGAAGAGGCCCCGGAGAAGUGGGACUGGAGCUGCCCGGAGACGCGGCGCCUCCUGGAGGAUGCCUUCUUCCGGGGGGAGGACCCCAUCCGGCAGGGUUCUGAGGAGUGCCAGAGGUUCUGGGCCUUCUUUGAGCGCCUGCAGAGAUUCCGGAGCCUCAAGGCCUCCAGGCAGGAGGAGGCAGACCCCGGGCAUCCCACACACAGCAUCCCGGCGCUGGCUGACCUCCCUCGCGCUUACGACCCACGUUACCGCAUCAACCUCUCCGUCCUCGGCCCUGACACGCGGGGCUCUCGGGAGCUGGGCCGGUGCCUGCCCCCGGAGAGAGCGUCCGAGUUCCGCCGCGCCCUGCUGCACUACCUGGACUUCAGCCAGAAGCAGGCGUUUGCGCGGCUGGCGAAACUGCAGCGCGAGCGGGCGGCGCUUCCCAUUGCUCAGUACGAGAAACGCAUCCUGCGGACCCUGAAGGAGCACCAGGUGGUGGUGGUGGCCGGCGACACCGGCUGCGGCAAGUCCACUCAGGUGCCCCAGUACCUACUGGCCGCUGGCUUCAGUCACGUGGCCUGCACCCAGCCCCGGAGAAUUGCCUGCAUCUCCCUGGCCAAGCGUGUGGGCUUCGAGAGCCUCAGUCAGUACGGCUCGAAGGUCGGCUACCAGAUCCGCUUUGAGAGCACGCGUUCUGCCGCCACCAAGAUUGUGUUCCUGACCGUGGGGCUGCUCUUGCGGCAAAUCCAGCGGGAACCCAGCCUGCCGCAGUACGAGGUUCUGAUUGUGGAUGAAGUCCAUGAGCGGCACCUCCACAAUGACUUCCUGCUGGGUGUCCUGCGCCGCCUGCUGCCCCAGCGGCCUGACCUCAAGGUCAUCCUCAUGUCGGCCACCAUCAACAUCUCGCUCUUCUCCAGCUACUUCGGCAAUGCCCCUGUGGUGCAGGUGCCCGGGAGGCUGUUCCCCAUCACGGUGGUCUACCAGCCGCAGGAGGCAGAGCCGACCACAUCCAAGUCGGAGAAGCUGGACCCACGGCCUUUCCUGAGGGUGCUGCAGGCCAUUGACAAUAAGUACCCCCCCGAGGAGCGGGGGGACCUCCUGGUCUUCCUCAGCGGCAUGGCGGAGAUCAGCGCCGUGCUGGAGGCCGCCCAGACCUAUGCCAGCCACACCCAGCGCUGGGUGGUGCUGCCGCUGCACAGCGCGCUCUCUGUGGCCGACCAGGACAAGGUGUUUGACGUGGCACCCCCUGGAGUCCGGAAGUGCAUCCUCUCCACCAAUAUCGCCGAGACCUCGGUCACUAUCGAUGGGAUCCGCUUUGUGGUUGAUUCUGGCAAAGUGAAGGAGAUGAGCUAUGACCCGCAGGCCAAACUGCAGAGGCUGCAGGAGUUCUGGAUCAGUCAGGCCAGCGCCGAGCAGCGCAAGGGCCGGGCAGGCCGCACGGGCCCCGGGGUCUGCUUCCGCCUCUACGCUGAGUCAGACUACGAUGCCUUCGCACCCUACCCCGUUCCAGAAAUUCGGAGGGUGGCUCUGGACGCGCUGGUGCUGCAGAUGAAGAGUAUGAGCGUGGGGAACCCCCGAACCUUCCCCUUCAUUGAGCCCCCCCCACCAGCCAGCCUGGAAACCGCCAUCCUGUAUCUCCAGGACCAGGGAGCUCUGGACAGCUCUGAGAGCCUCACUCCCAUCGGGUCCCUGCUGGCCCAGCUGCCCGUGGAUGUCGUGAUUGGGAAGAUGCUGAUCCUGGGCUCCGUGUUCAGCCUGGCGGAGCCCAUGCUCACCGUCGCGGCCGCCCUCAGUGUCCAGUCGCCCUUCACCCGCAGCGCCCAGAGCAGCCUGGAGUGUGCGGCGGCUCGGCGGCCGCUGGAGAGCGACCAGGGCGACCCCCUCACGCUCUUCAACAUCUUCAACGCCUGGGUUCAGGUGAAAUCAGAACGGAGCAGGAACUCCCGCAAGUGGUGCCGCCGCCGAGGCAUAGAGGAGCACCGGCUGUAUGAGAUGGCCAACCUGCGGCGCCAGUUCAAGGAGUUGUUGGAAGACCACGGGCUACUGGCCGAGGCUCAGCCGGUGGCGCCGGGGGACAGCUACAGUCGGCUGGAGCAGCGUCGCGAGCGCCGGGCCCUACACCAGCUGAAACGGCAGCACGAGGAGGGCGCAGGGCGCAGGCGCAAGGUUCUGCGGCUGCAGGAGGACCUGGGCGACUGCUCCAGCGAGGAGGACUGCGCAGGCCGGGCGGCCGAUGACAACGUGGACAUCCAGGACGUGAAGUUCAAGCUGCGGCACAACCUGGAACAGCUGCAGGCGGCCGCCAGCGCUGCCCAGGACCUGAGCCGGGAGCAGAUGGCCCUGCUCAAGCUGGUGCUGGGCCGGGGCCUCUAUCCGCAGCUGGCCGUCCCCGAUGCACUCAACAGUGGCCGCAAGGACUCUGACCAGGUUUUCCACACGCAGGCCAAGCAGGGCACUGUGCUGCACCCCACCUGUGUCUUUGCCAACAACCCUGAGGUGCUGCACACACAGGAGCGGGAGACUGCGGGUGGCGAAGGAAAGCAAGGUGACAAGGACAAGAUGAACAGCAGCCACCAGCUCCUCGCCUUCGUGUCCCUGCUGGAGACCAACAAGCCCUACCUGGUGAACUGCGUCCGCAUCCCCGCCCUGCAGUCCCUGCUGCUGUUCAGCCGGUCCCUGGACACCAAUGGUGACUGCUCCCGCCUGGUGGCUGACGGCUGGCUGGAGCUGCAGCUGGCGGACAGCGAGAGUGCCGUCCGGCUCCUGACGGCUUCCCUGCGGCUCCGUGCUCACUGGGAAAGUGCCCUGGACCGGCAGCUGGCCCAUCAGGCCCGGCGGCAGCACCUGGAGGAGGAGGAGGGGGAGGAGGCUCCGCCCAUCAGCCGCAAGGAGGUGGCGGCCCUGAGCAGGGAGCUGUUGCAGUUCAUGGCGUCCAAGGUUCCCUACAGCCUCCGGCGGCUGACAGGGCUGGAAACCCAGAACCUCUACGUGGGGCCACAGACUGUCACAGCUGCCCCCAGUCUCCCUGGCCUCUUUGGCAGCUCUACCUUGUCCCCCCACCCCAUCAAGGGGGGCUAUGCCGUCACUGACUUCCUCACGUACAACUGCCUCACGAGUGACGUGGACCUGUACAGCGACUGCCUGCGCAGCUUCUGGACCUGCCCCCACUGCGACCUGCACCUGCCCCUCACGCCCCUGGAGCGCAUCGCCCACGAGAGCUCCUGCCCCCAGGCCCCGCAGGAGGGCACCGCAGGGGGUGAGGAAGUGGCCCCCGAGCCUGUCCAGAAGGCGUCUGCCCUGCAGAGGCCCUACCACUGCGAGGCCUGCCAGAAGGACUUCCUGUUCACGCCCACCGAGGUGCUGCGGCACCGGAAGCAGCAUGUGUGAGCAGGCGGCGGGGUGGGCGCCUGGCCUGCGGGACCAGUUAGCUCCAGCCCAGCCUGGGGGUCCCGGUCUGGAGGGCGGGGGUGACCGUGUGAAUAAAGCCUUGCCUGCAGGCCUGGUUGUGGGCCGGCUGCUACCUGCUUAGGAAGCUUCGAGGCUGGCUGUCCUUGCCGCCCUGCACCGUGCGCACAGGGCUGCAGGAGGGCUGGGUGGUCAGGGCCCAGCAGGGCUAGGCUCUCCAGAGUGUCUGCUCUCCGCUUCCCCUGGAGCUCGGGAGGCCCGAAUCUGCCCUCGUGUUGGGUGGGUGUGGCGGGGGGGGAAUGCUCCUGUGGGGCCGGGCCCUAGCAGCUGACUCACGUGGCAGCCACCAGGGAGCUCCUGCUGCUGGCCCACCAGGCCUCGCUCGCAGUGGCCUCCAUGCCCUCUUUCCGCGUCCUCACCUGGUUGGCUCUGCCCACCUGCCUCAGCUCACCUCCCCCUGCAUCUGAUGAUCCCCGAUCUCGCCACGCCCUGACUGCUCCCUGACUGGUGCCUGUGCCCUGCUGCCUCCUGGGCACCCACACCUGCCGCCUGACAGGGGUCUCGGGCCUGACCCCGCCAGGGCCAACCUCAGAGUCCCUGCCGCCCCAUUCCUCAGUCAUCGCAGUCGUCGCUUCCUCUCCCGUCUGUCCACCAACCAGGGCGCUUGUCUGUCUGGAGCGUGUAUGAGGUGUCCCACCCAAGACUCCCAUCUGGGGAGUGAGUCUAAAGGGAGCUUCUGAGAAGUGGAGAGACUCUUACUGCCCAGAGGUGGCUGUCAGUGCAGCGGUCACAUGGGAGGAGCCAAGGGUCACGCCCCCUCUGGUGUGUGCUGUGGCUCGAGGUUAAUGAUGGGGCUGGGUGGGCCUGUUCUCGGGGACUGGGUGGCGUCCUGCAGGACCUCCCUCGGCGACCAGAACAACGUGUGCUCUGUCUGCUGCAGGCGGGGCCGUGGCCCUGGCGUUCCCGUGACCCCGCAUGACACAAACCACAUGUAGGCGUCGUUUUCUCGGUCAGUGCUGGGCCUGUUUACAGCAACUGGUGACAGUGGCUGCUGGGCAGCUGUGGAGCAGGGGCGCGCUCAUCCCGGGGACGUUGACAGUCUCGGUAGUCGGCAGCCUGGCGGGGUCUCACGCCUUCAUUCAGCAAUCUUGCAAACAUCGAAGUGGAACAAUAUAUUUAAUUUACUUGAAAGAGGGAGAAACAGAGAGAGAGAGCUUCUAUCCUCUGGUUCACUCCUCAGAUGGUUUUAACAGCCAGGCUUAAUCUAGGAGUUUCUUCUGGGUCUCCCACAUGGGCACAGGGGCCCAAGGACUUGAGCCAUCCUCCGCUGCUUUCCCAGGUGCAUUAACAGAGAGCUGGGUUGGAAGUGGAGCAGCUGGGACUUGAACCGGUGUCUAUAGGGUGCCAGUAUUGCAGGUGAGGGCUUUACCCAGCACACAGUACCUGCCCCUAAAUUUUUAAAAACAAAACAGCUCAUAAGUGAGCAGUGUGGUGGCUUUCCCAGAUGAAGGGUACCUGUGCUACCAGCUUCCAGGCUGAGGACUAAAGCAGCUGGUGUCCCCAUGUCCCCCGAGUGGCCAGCACGCCCACUAACUCACAGUUCCAAACUUCGCAGUGUGCUCUCUCUGGUUUCUGCUCGAGAUGACGUCGCAUCUGGCUCUGCUUUAUUCAUCAUAGCAGAUGCCUUCACUGCUUGUCCUGCUAAUGGACACUCAGUUUAUGUCCAGCUUCCAACAAUGCGGCAGCGAACACACUGGCCCUUGGUUUUGGUGAAUUGCGUCUUGUUGAGUCCAUAUCCGGGGGGUAGAAUUCCUGGAUGGGUUUGGCUGAGUCUGAAAUUGUUCUUCAAGGUCCUUCUACCAGUUUGCACUCCACCAGCACCAGAGAGCACGAUCACCCCUCCACCUGCUGACUAGGGAUUAUCAGUGUUGUGUUCUUAUCUCAAGCAUUGUACUGGUGGUUAUUGUACAUCUUUUUAAAAA